GUACAAGUCGGUCUCGAUCGUUGUCACGUGAGGUGCACUGCGCACUGAGAGGUUUUGUUUUAGGGUUUCGAAUCCAUAUCGCAUUCUUUUUCGAGAUCUCAGGUUGAUCCUUCUUCUUCGUUGUGUUCUCGCUUCCUCUUGCGAAGGGACAAGAUGCCGUUCGGGUUGCCGGCGUAUGGCAUCCAAGCGAUGCUCAAGGAAGGGCACAAGCACCUCUCAGGUCUCGAUGAGGCCGUACUUAAGAACAUCGACGCCUGCAAACAGCUCUCUGAUAUAACCCGCACUUCCCUCGGUCCCAAUGGUAUGAACAAAAUGGUUAUUAACCAUCUGGAUAAACUUUUUAUAACAAAUGAUGCUGCCACUAUAGUGGACGAGCUUGAGGUGCAGCAUCCUGCUGCGAAGAUUUUGGUUCUAGCAGGGAAGGCGCAACAGGAGGAGAUUGGCGAUGGGGCAAAUCUAACAAUAUCAUUUGCAGGGGAGCUUCUUCAGAAUGCUGAGGAGCUGAUUAGGAUGGGUUUGCACCCUAGUGAUAUAAUAAGUGGUUACACAAAAGCUAUCAAUAAGACAGUCAUGGUUUUAGAUGAGCUAAUAGUGAAAGGAUCAGAAACCAUGGAUGCCAGGAGUAAAGAAGAGGUCAUUAUUAGAAUGAGAGCUGCUGUUGCAAGCAAGCAGUUUGGACAAGAAGAUAUCUUAUGUCCUCUUAUUGCCGAUGCAUGCAUCCAAGUAUGCCCCAAGAACCCAGCAAAUUUUAAUGUUGAUAAUGUUCGAGUUGCCAAACUACUUGGAGGUGGUUUGCACAACUCUUUAGUUGUACGUGGUAUGGUCUUGAAGGGUGACACUGUUGGCAGUAUUAAGAGGAUUGAAAAAGCAAAGAUUGCUGUAUUUUCUGGUGGUGUUGAUACAUCUGCAACUGAGACAAAGGGAACUGUUCUUAUUCACAGUGCUGAACAGCUUGAGAAUUAUGCAAAAACUGAAGAGGCCAAAGUUGAGGAACUUAUCAAAGCCGUUGCUGAUUCUGGUGCAAAUGUUGUUGUUAGUGGAGCAGCUGUCGGAGAUAUGGCAUUGCACUUUUGUGAACGUUACAAACUUGUGGUUCUAAAGAUUAGCUCAAAGUUUGAACUGCGGAGAUUUUGCCGGACAACUGGUGCUGUGGCUCUUCUCAAACUCAGCCAACCGAAUCCUGAUGAACUGGGUUAUGCUGAUUCCAUUUAUGUAGAGGAAAUUGGUGGCACCCGAGUAACCGUUGUGAAGAAUGAACAAGGUGGAAACUCAAUUGCUACAGUAGUCCUACGAGGCAGUACAGACAGUAUACUAGAUGAUCUUGAGAGGGCUGUUGAUGAUGGUGUUAAUACCUAUAAGGCAAUGUGUAGAGAUAGUCGUACACUUCCUGGUGCUGCUGCAACUGAAAUAGAGUUGUCAAGAAGGCUGAAGGAUUUUGCAUUGAAGGAAACUGACUUGGAUCAAUAUGCAAUUGCAAAAUUUGCUGAAAGUUUUGAGAUGGUACCUAAAACCCUUGCUGAAAAUGCUGGACUUAAUGCAAUUGAGAUAAUUUCUUCCUUGUAUGCUGAGCAUGCUGCUGGAAACUCAACUGUUGGAAUUGAUCUAGAAGAAGGGGUCUGCAAAGAUAUCUCAACCUUGAAUAUCUGGGACCUAUACAUGACUAAAUUUUUUGCACUUAAAUAUGCUGCUGAUGCUGCCUGCACUGUUCUCCGUGUUGAUCAAAUAAUAAUGGCGAAACCAGCAGGUGGGCCGAGGAGAGAUCAACAACCAGGCAUGGAUGAAGAUUAACCUCUACUAUUCAGAUUCUACUGCUAAAAAACUAAGUUUUACUGUCUCUUAAUAGUUUAUGUAUUUUUGAAUUUUGAUAUAAUUGAGUUAUGAGGAAGAUCAGCUUUGGAAGGGAAUGCCUUGCAAAUUUCUUAAUAUAUUUUUUUUACGAGGGUGAUGUUUUAGUGACCAAAAACUUCCAUUAUGUUUCUUGGUUGACUUUCAUAUUGUGGUUACUUUUUUGAAAUGUAACCACCAAAAUACUGGUUUUGCUUGUUGCACUGACCAAA